GAAUAUAAUUGCAUCUGUAGCAACCAAUUUGUUUGCAUUUACGAAUGCGCUUCAAGUAGUUGUGAAAAAUGCCUUUGAAAGCCUCUCCUCCCCUUCAACUUAACGUCAGAAGGUUUGUACCUCAAUAUGAGGAUGUUAGACUUAUGAGAUUGGAUCAAAGCUAUGUUGGUUAUCUCUCGGAUCACUUCUAUGGUGAAUCCGAUCUUCCUUGUAUUGAGGACGGUGUUAGACUUGUUUUAACUUUCUCUGUGAUAAAGCCUCUGAACCAUUCCAGCAAUUGCUGCUACGGAAUGGGGUGGUUCAUGGAGGAACCACUUAAGGCAUCGAUCCAACAUGGAUCAUCUUUUCGACCCGUUGUCUCCUAUGCUCUAGUAGCGGAGGAACUCGCUUUGAAGACGACGAUCAGCGCAGCCUUAGCGGUGGGGUUUUCAAGGUCGGCUUAUUAUUCGGAUUGGCAAGAAUUCCCCUUCUUCUCAAUGUCGGAGGCCACACAUUUGUUGUUGACGAUAUCGUUGAUGAUACGAGAAGUAUGAAGACCAAGUUUCUUCCUCUUCCUUUCUUUAUGUGUUUGCGUUUUGAAAACUCGUAUGUUGCAUAUAUUUUAUCCUCCUUCGAUGGAGUUUGAGCUAUCUUAAU